UUAUUUUCCUCAAUCGAUUAUCUUAGUUUUUGUGUGUUUAAUUUUUGAAUUUUCAUCUGAUUCAAAAAGAACACUGUAUAAAAUUUAGGCAAUUUCUCAUAUUCUUUUUUUCGUUCAGUGUCUAGAUUGUUUUAGCUUUUAUUAUUUUAUGUGUGAAAUAUUUGUCCUCUAUAAAGUCAAUCACACGCACUAUCCUUUGUGGACAUUCCUUUUGUGUUUCAAAAUAUUGUCCUAAUUAUAUAUGAUGUCAUUCAAAGGUAUUCAUGCCCAGAUGAGCUUUUAGCGUUGCCAUCAAUUAACAUCGUCGCUUGGAAUCGCAUUUCGAGCCAUCGGUGCUUGGCGUGACAACCGACCUCUUUGUCUGACAUUUGUAGUCGUGUAUACGGCACUUGUUGACAUUUAGUAUCAAUGAUUUUAAUAGCCCUCAAUUUUGUUUAUUCGUGACUUUUGAUGCUCAUUUAGAUGGAACAUUAAGAGCGAUAGUUUAUAUUUGCUCAUAAAAUUUACUCGUAUCACUUUGUUGGGUGAGAAGUUGAGAACCGACGACGGUGAUGUAUUAACCUAAUUAGAUUGCGAUUUAUCGGCAGUUUACUGAACGAUGUGAAGGGAUAGCUGACAGUAUAUUCAUAUGAAGCUCUAGCGGUCGCAAGAAAUGGAUACUUUUGUAGUUAAACUUCUUUCAGCGUCCUUGCUAUGGGUAAUUAGUCUAUGUUUUGGAGUUGCUUUGCCGUAUUUGCUGUGGAAAAUUUCUUCUAAUAACCAAAGAAAAGACUUUGAAAAUUCUGACGAAGGAAGUGACCAAGAUACAAACGAAUCGGAAAAUUUGAUAGUUUAUGGAAAUAUUAAUCGAUGCCACAGCCCCACAGGUCGAUGGAACCGUGUUGCGUCAUGGAUAAGAGUGAAGUUCACAAGCGGAAGUUUUUUUAGUCUGGUAAACUGCCUAUGCGGUGGUGUGUUUUUGGGAGUCAGUUUGCUAGACCUCAUGCCGCAAUCCAGAGCCGCUGUUACGGAAGUCUUGGAACAAUCCAAAACUGUGACCAACUAUCCCGUGGCAGAGUUCAUUGUGUCACUCGGACUAUUGUUAGUCAUGAUAAUUGAAAAUGUGGUAACGGAGUUCAUGCCAUCGAACAAUUCUCGGAGGUCUUCAUAUUCAUCUGAACGUGACUCAAGAACGAGGGUAGAGGAAGAGAAAGAACGUGUAAUAGGGUCAGAUCUAGAACUUAGUGUUUCUUCAUAUCGCAUGUAUGUACUUGUAGUUACACUGUCUCUUCAUUCCAUAUUUGAAGGUUUGGCCAUUGGUUUACAGAAAGAAAUUUCUACGCUUAUUCAGCUAUUAAUAGCGAUAUGUGUACACAAAGCUGUACUGAGUUUUGGCAUAGGGUUGCCUUUAUUCGAGACUUUAGGUCGCGUGGGUAAACUUCACACCGCUAUGAUAUGUUCCAUAAUAUUUUGUACUGCUUCACCUCUGGGUUGUUUUGCUGGGGCUUUCGUAUCUACGGACAGGUUCAACUCCUCGCCCGGCGCCUCGAUAGCCAGCGCAUUACUACAGUGCUUAGCGACCGGUACCUUUUUAUACGUUACUUUUGUAGAGGUCAUACCUCGAGAAUUUUCGCACCAUGCCAAACACGGCUCAAAAUCAAAGCAUUCGCCUAGAAAAAGAAAUGAUUUAGCAGGUGACAGCAAUGAUUCUGCCCUAGCUGGCCACAGCGAUGAUUUGGCUGAAGUUAGCAUCUCUAAUUCGCGGAGAUCAAGCGUUUCUAAAACGCAAACUAAAAAGUCGCAGGUCCUAAAAUUGCUUGCCUUAUUAAUAGGAUUUGCUAUUGCAUCAUCUUUACAAUUUUUAUGACAAGAUUUCGACACCACAAAACUUUUUGACUACACAAUGUGAUCAUAUUAUUAUUACGUACUUUUAUCGACCUAUAUAACUGUGUAUGUACGAUUGACUGUUAUUUCUUCAUUUUCGAUAUACUGUAUUUGAUAUAUGGCUUCGGUAACUUUUCACCGUGUAUGUUAUGAUACGAAAUAGUGCCUGAUUAUGCGUGUUGAUGGGUCAAAGUUGAAUUUAACCUUUUUAUUGCCACAUUCUUUAUACACACUGAUAGAAUAUUGCAAUGGCUUUAAAUUCAAAGUUCUUUUUUGAUAAAUUGUGGCGCAUGGUAAAGAUUUCCAAACUUUGUUUGAUUUCGACCAGGUAAAGCGUUGUUAUUCAUCUAAUGUUUUUUCUCCAAUUCUCUAACAAUUGUAGCAACAUUUUGUAUUCAAAUUAAAUUACGAAGAAAGCACCUUUCAAUAACAUAUGCAAUUUUAUUAGUAAUAUCAUAGAAUCUGUACCAAGAUUAUUAUAUAUGUAAUUUUAUGUUGAAAUUUAUUCACUGUUUUGCAUUUAGGGUAAAAUCUUUCAUUAUAACUGCAUAUUAUGGAAUCUGAUCAAUAAGAUGUUAUAUAAACUCUCUAUGAAUGUAUUGAGCAAAGAGUAGUUAUAGCCUCAUAUUCCCCAGAAGGAAUAAAUAAUUUAUACUUCACCUUGGGUAAUCGUCUAAUAUUUUUCUAACAGUGAAACUCAAUUGUACGUUCAUGUCAUGGAAUUUGUGAAAGGGCCUUCACAUAACAAGUUUUUAUAUGUGAAUGAUUCACUCUGAUAUUUUAUUACAGUUCAUUUGGACAUUUCUAUCUAUUUUUUCAAAUGGCAAUUUCAUAGGAUGUGCCCGUUGGGAGGUGGUAGUUCAUGUAAUGACUAUUAUUUAAUGGCAUAGAAUAGUUGCCUUUGUUGUUACUCAUUGAUGCCGACGGACUGGUGAUUCUUGAUUUUAGAUAUUUCCUCAACUGACGAACCAACUAUCAAACUGGAACGAAUGUUUGAGGAGUUAUUGUUAUAUUUCUAUAAAUUUAUAACCAGUUCAAAAAUUGUCAACCAAUUCCGUGCAAUAAAUGCCAUAGUUUUGAAGGGUA